AGGAGGAGUGAGAGGCGACAGAUAGGCGACCCGCUGACAACAUUUGGACACUUUUAAAGUUUGUCGAGACCACCCAGCGACUGUUUGGGUCCUCUUUAUCCCCGCCAUGACACAUUUAAGUGUGCGCGAGCGGUACGAUAAAUGCGUUAUAACGGCCCGGGAGCGGAAGUGAGAGAAGGGGGAAGUUGUUUGGGGAUAUAGGAAAAAUAAACCCCCUAAAAAGUGAUUUUCCUGACUCAAGUUCAAAUCAAAUUUCGUCUUUCUAGAGGAAGGGUGGCCCUGGAGAGCUUGGGGGCAUGGACACCCACGUUAAGGAGGGACAGCUUUAUGUGCAGCAUCAAAAGUUUGGAAAGAAAUGGAAGAAGAACUGGUUUGUCCUCUACCCAGCCAGCCAAAAUGGCAUCGCCCGCCUCGAGUUCUACGAUUCACCCUCGGGCGGAGGGGGUGGCGCCAGCGGAGGCUCGGGAAGCGGGUCCAAUGAGAAAACCAGGAAACUUGACAAGAAGAUCAUCCGCUUGUCUGAGUGCAUUUCCAUCCUGCCGGCACUGACGGAGAGCUGUCCCAAAGAAAACAUGGCAGCUUUCUGCGUAGAGACCAACGACAAGACGCACGUGUUCGCUGCAGAAAAGAACGCCGCCAAGGAUUGGAUGGACACCAUGUGUGACAUCGCAUUUCAGGGAGGAGGCGGCAGCAGCAACUGCACUGCUGCAGACUCAAAUGGAGGAGGCCAGGACCUGCAGAUGUCUGAAAACCUCAUCUACUACUCCAGAGAGGAGGUUAACGAAUUCUGGGUGAGUGUUCAGCGUACCGAGGCGUCAGACCGCUGCGGGCUGGUGGGCAGCUACUGGCUGAAAGCAGAAAACGAUGUCCUAAUCUUGAAGGAGCCAAAGACCAAGAGGAAUGUACUCGUGUGGCCCUACAAGCUGCUGAGGAGAUACGGACGAGACCGGGUGAUGUUUUCAUUCGAGGCAGGCCGCCGCUGUGACUCGGGCCCCGGUAACUUCACUUUCGAGACCAAGCAAGGCAACGAGAUCUUCAUGCUGGUGGACCAGGCCAUCCAGUCGCAGAAGGUACUGGCUGAGGAGCGCCACCUCAGCUGCCCCAGCAACUUUGACCCGGACUGCCCUGCGUCACUGCAGCACAUACGCAACGCUGUUCCAAGUGGCAUAACAGCAGGAAGCGGCGAUAGCAGCAGCUGCAGCAGCCGGGAGGCAGAUGGUGAUUCAGGUGGCAGCAAACCGGGCUCUGCUGACGGUGUGCUCGGGAAGAGAGAGGGUGGAGAUGGAGGAGGAGGAAGGGGGCAAGGAACUGCAGGAGGACUCAAGGGGAGGAGUUUACCAGAGCCACCAGCCAUGUUGGAGGUUUUAGGAGGUGGUGUGGCCCCUCCAAAGUUUCCCAGGGGGCAGGCGGCAGCAAAAGGUCUUCCCUCAGCUGAUGAACAUGCAGGUCUUUACUCUGAGCCAGCAGAUUCAGUCCGCCUGCCUCUGCACAGCACUGACAGCCUCUACUCUGAUCCAGUGGACAGCAUCAAAGGUCAAAGCCAAACCGGCAACCCAUCCACCCCUCCGGUGCCCAACCCACGCCUCCGACCAGUAGGAGACGAGACUUUGGGAAGUGGCAUCCAAGGAGAUCAUCACCAUGGAGGCAGCAACCACAGGAAGCCACCGGACCUGUACUCACACGUGUACGACCGGAUCAGCCUGGAGCUGAGCCAUAAAACGAGCGCGCUGAGUCUAAACGGGGCUACAGGGGGAGGAAGAGGGGUGAACAGUAACAGGCGACCCCCAGGAGGUCAAGCAGAAGGAGCUUUAUCGCCUCCUGCUCCUCAUCUGGAGCACAUAUACGAUGAACCAGAGGGUUGCGCCAAAGGAGGUGCUAGCACGACCACUAGCUCGGGGAUGAGUAUUUAUGAUGAGGCCCGUUUGGAGCCCCACAGCCAGCGGAGACAGGAAGAGGUGGUGGCUCCAUCAGGACUGGAGGGAAAUUACAGCACCCCUUCUCACGGAAAGCCGUUGGACACCCACAGACACUCUCCUCCGCAGCUGGGCCCGAGCCGCGGCACGCCACAACCCCCGGCUCCGAGGUGGCCCAAACCUGUCACCGCGCCCAAACCGGCCAGAAGCGCUUUUGGUCGCAAGGAGCCGGUGCCGCUGCCCCCUGGCAAACACGGAGGUCCUAAUGUGAACAACAACAACAAUAUUUGGCGAGAAGGAGGAGAUAAGGGGAGGGAGCUGUACAGCAGAGUGUCUAAGCAGAAACCUUCAUCUGCUAAUUCGUGGUACAACCAGCACCACCAGGCGCCGCUGAGAUCACCUGAUAUCAUCUAUGACAACUUGGGCGAUAUUUAACAUCCUUUUGUGACAGGAAAUGAAAUGUUUAUCCCCCUUUGUGAAAAGAGCAGAGUGCAGUUUUUGUAGGGACCAAGCGCAUUUCUUCCAUCUGGGGACUGGCAUGAUUAUUUGAGACAGUCGAUUCAUUCGGAGUAGAUUAGCUCACAACUAUGAGAAAACCACAUUACGGCUGCGUUUUGAAACAUGGAGUGCAACUAUUGUAGGGCCACCCUCUGUGUGUGUGUUUGAGAAAGAGAGAGUGAGUGUUUGCAUGGUCAAACCCAUAACUGGAGUACCAAGCCACAGUGUGGUUGGAACCAGCCACUUCACUUGAACACACACACACACAAAAACCGUUUGGAUUUGCCAAAAGGAGCCCGGCCUACAGGCUUCACUUUAACAAGCUGAGAGAGCGGCUUGGCUUGUCUUUUAUAAAAUGUCUGCCGUGCUUAUGAAGUGACUGGGAAACAUGUUUUUGCACUGCUAAGGUUCAGAGUAUCUUUGAGGCUAGGACUGUACCAAAAGGAGCUGAUCUUUUUUUGUUUGUGUUUUCUGGACUGACGUUUCAUCUAAAAUCCCGAUAAAAUGGGGAGACUUACAACAUUUUCAGCCCAGGACACUAAUAUGCGAUGUUGCAUCUUAGGAUCCACUAAAUGGAAAUGCAUUGUUGCUACUGUUCUGGAGGCCACAUGAAAAGUGGGACUUAAAGACUGGGUCUUGGGAACAGACAUAAAUGGGUCAUAAGGAGGUGAAUUACAGAAGAGAUUUCCUGCACAAGAUAAUAUUAUUGAAUCCAUUAUGUUUCUUUGUACAGACAAACUAAAUAUGAAACUAAUCAAUCCCUUGCAAUGUGUCAGUAUGUGUAUGUAUGUUUCAGAAACAGCUGUGCUGUCUGUAAAUAUAACUAUUAAUAAAAAUGGCUUCAAAAAUGUAAAA